AUGGCUGAAAAAGAUACACAAAAGAAGGAGAGCGCGGAGUUUGUGCUGAAAUUGGAUGUCGAAAAAGUCGUUUUUGCUGGCAAAAAAUUGGGUGAAGAAAUGGUGUCGGCUCCGAUUAAAAUGUCUAACCCGACAAAAGAUAGAUAUGCGUUCAAGGUGAAAUGUACAUCGAAUGAUAUGUUUAGAAUAAGACCACCGGUUGGAGCAAUUCAACCUGGAGAAGAUACAUUGAUUACGGUAGGUUAAAUGACACGGAAACUGAGAAAUAAUUGAUAGACUAGAAAUUACAAACGCGCUCUACCGAACAAAUUCAUUUUGAAAAAAAUGGCUUGUUCGAUGGAGCGCGUUUGCUUUUUCUAGUCCAUUUCAAAAUUGAAAAUAAAAUUUCAGGUGGCAUUCAAUGCUGGAAAAUCGAUUCCGGAAAGUGGAAAACAUUAUUUCGCAAUUUAUUACAUCAAAACAGCGGAUAAAGAAAAACCAGCAAGAACUGUUUGGGGAGAACAUAAAGGAGAUGCUGAAGGAACCAAAAGAGUUUAUGUAGAUUUCAAUAAGGAAAAGAAGAGUACUGCAGAAAAGAGUAGCAGUAAAAAUGAUGAUAAGAAAGAGGAAAAGAAAGAAGAAAAGAAGGAUGAGAAAAAAGAAGAAAAGAAGGAGGAUGAGAAGAAAGAAGAGAAAAAAAGAGGAAGAAAAGAAAGAAGAAAAGAAAGAGGAAAAGAAAGAGGAAAAGAAGGAAGAAAAGAAGGAAGAAGAGAAAAAGGAAGAAAAGAAAGAGGAGGAAAAGAAAGAAUGAUUAUGAAAUAA